AUGGAUGAUGACUCAAUGAUGACAUUAGCAGUGUUAUGGUUCGCCUUCAUCCUCUUCGUUGUCUUGACAUCUGAAAACAACGAACCUCCUCCCAUUAACCCACUUGAACAAAAAGCACUCUACAAUCUUCUCAAUUCCAUCGACCCAACCACUCCUUGGACCACCCUCUACCCCCAUGAUUUCUGCAUCUCACCUCCGUCCUUCCUCCAUUGCGGCUCCAAAUCACACAUUGCCCAACUCAACUUCGGUUUCAUUUCCGAUCAAACUCAUCUUCUACCUUGUUCCCCUAACGCUACUCUCCAAGUUCUUCUUCUACUUACAGUAACACACCAAUCUCGCAUCAACCUACCUUGUUUCAUUUACCUGCAAGUGAAAACAGAAAAUAACAAUUCCACUCAACAAUUGCAUCGAUGUACAAUCGCAAUAAUUCUAACAAGCAGACAAGCUUCAAAGAGCGAUAAGCUAAUCGCUGCCUUCAUCUACACAAAGCACAACACUGAUGUGUCCGUAAUGAUUCAAACAUCAUACCUCAGCAUUUUCUGGCUAAAAUUUCUUCGCCGUAGUAACUCACCAUCAACCAUCAGCUUUCUUCAGAUUUAUCACAAAACCUUACCAUAUUUACAGGUCCAAGAAUAUCCUGGGUACAAAUUCAUUGGUCUAACAUAUGGGCCUGGAGGUGAUAAUCAAAAGCGAUUAGAGAAGGAAAUUGGUGCCAAGAUAAAAAUUCGUGGAACCAAAGCAGACACAGGAGAGAAAAGUGAAAUUAAACCAGCUGCUAGUUCCACACCUUCUGUAUCUGUCUUUGGGGACAACACUAAUGGUCUGAAUCAAAACCAAGAUCCCCCAUCUCAUGCAAUUUCUCUAUCUCUGUCAAACCGGGCUGUGUUUCAACCAGCAGCCACUACACAAAUGCAGAGGACGUAA